CAUAAACCCACACCUUGCAAAUCCGCGAACCCUGUAAACCCCCCACAAUAAUAUUAAAACCAUGAUACUUUCAUAAUUAACACAAAUCUAAACAUUAAUACAAUGUGGCGAAGGAGCUUCAGCAGCAGCACUGCCACCGCCACUCUCAAGGGCAAGAAAUGGGACGCGCUGAUAAUCGGCGGAGGCCACAACGGCCUCACAGCGGCGGCAUACCUGGCGCGCGGAGGCCUGUCAGUGGCGGUCCUGGAGCGCCGCCACGUGAUCGGAGGCGCCACCGUGACAGAGGAGCUUGUUCCGGGGUUCAAGUUUUCGCGGUGCAGUUACCUCCAAAGCCUUUUGAGACCGUCCAUUAUAAAGGAAUUGGAGUUGGGGAAGCAUGGCUUGAAGCUUCUGAAGCGCAAUCCGUCGUCGUUCACGCCCUGCCUUGAUGGACGCUACCUUCUUUUGGGACCCGAUAAGCAACUCAACCACUCUGAGAUAUCCAAAUUCUCGCUCGCAGAUGCUGAGGCUUAUCCAAGAUAUGAGAGUCAGCUUGAGAACUUCUCUAAGUUCAUGGAUCUAGUGCUGGAUUCGCCUCCACCUGAAUCUGUGCAGCAUAAAGCGUCUAUUAAUGAAAAGUUGAAGAAUAAAAUACAGAAUUCUGUAUUUUGGGCGAGUUGUCUGCGGCAUGUGUCUUCCUUGGGACAAAAGGAUAUGGUGGACUUUAUGGACCUUCUGUUGUCCCCAGCUUCUAAAGUUUUGAAUAACUGGUUUGAGGCAGAUGUUCUGAAGGCAACCCUUGCAACUGAUGCCGUGAUUGGCAGUACGGCCAGUGUCCACGACCCAGGAAGUGGCUAUGUUCUGCUACAUCAUGUGAUGGGAGAAACUGAUGGGGAUCGUGGUAUUUGGUCAUAUGUUGAAGGUGGAAUGGGCUCAGUAUCCAAGGCUAUUGGUAAUGCUGCUACUGAAGCUGGAGCGCAUAUUGUGACCAAUGCUGAGGUGUCUCAGUUGUUGAUUGAAAAUUCUAGCACUGUCUGUGGGGUGACUCUGGCUGAUGGUACUGAAGUGCAUUCUUCAAUUGUUUUGUCCAAUGCAACUCCAUAUAAAACUUUCAUUGAAUUAGUGCCUGAUGAUGUACUCCCCGAUGAUUUUGUCCGUGCCAUUAAGCACUCUGACUACAGUUCUGCGACUACAAAAAUAAAUGUAGCUGUUGAUAAAUUGCCCGAAUUUCGUUCUUGCAAGUUAGAUCAUCCUCAUGCUGGCCCACAGCACGUCGGCACAAUUCAUAUAGGUUCAGAAAGCAUGGAGGAUAUUCACUCCGCUUGUCAAGAUGCAGCUAACGGAACACCAUCGAGAAGACCGGUUAUUGAGAUGACAAUUCCCUCCGUACUGGACAAAACUAUUUCUCCACCUGGUAAGCAUGUGAUUAACCUGUUUGUGCAGUAUACACCAUACAAACCAUUGGAUGGUGACUGGCAAGAUCAUGAUUACAGAGAAUCGUUUGCAAAAAAAUGCUUCACGUUGAUUGAUGAAUAUGCUCCGGGCUUCAGCACAUCAAUCAUUGGUUAUGACAUGCUGACUCCACCAGAUCUUGAAAGGAUAAUCGGCUUAACAGGAGGGAAUAUAUUCCAUGGUGCUAUGGGGUUGGAUUCCCUUUUCCUCAUGCGACCUGCAAAGGGGUGGUCAAACUACAAGACUCCGCUUCAAGGGUUAUAUUUGUGCGGAAGUGGAGCACAUCCUGGUGGUGGAGUUAUGGGAGCACCUGGACGUAACGCUGCUCGUUUAGCUCUUCAAGAUGUGAGAGAAAAAAUUUAAGUGGUGAUAGUGGUCCUCAAUUAUGCCCACAUUGUUACUUCUGCAAACUGGCUUGGAAAAGGAUGGCUCUUCCAUUGGAAUUAUUUGCAGUAACUAUUGCAAAACUUGGAACGCAGUAGAUGGAAGAAUCAACACAAUUAUUUAUCAAAUUGGAUGAUCUGCAUAACAACGAUGCAGAACUAAACAUGGAUUUCAGAAAACUAGAACUUGUAAUUCUGAGAUGAUUUUUGGUAUCUGUUUCAAUGCAAUGAUUUCAGUAAA